GAACAAGAAAUCUCAUCUAAAAAGAAUCAAAUUAAAGACAUGAAACUAUUAAUUCAACAAUUAGAAACUUAUUUAAAGCAAGAACUUUUCAAGUCUAAUCUUGCGGAUUCUCGACAAAGAGAAGAUGAGGCGAAAAGACUUUUAAAUUCUUCUCAUAGCUUAAUAAAGAUCAAAGAUAAUGGUCUUAUAAAAGGAUUAUAUGAUCUUUGUAACCUUGGUGUCAUUGAUGAUAAAUACGAUGUCGCGAUUUCAAUUGCCUGUUCUGCAUUGAACAACAUCGUAGUUGAUUCUAUUGAAGUUGGACAAACUUGUAUAGAAUACCUUAAAAGAAAAGAAUUAGGUUGCGCCAAGUUCAUUCUUUUGAAUGAACUGCCUACCAUGGACAUGAGCCCGAUACAAACACCUUAA